AAAGCAAAGCUUCUUAAAAAUUAAAAAAGAAAAACAGAAGCAAAGAAAAAUACAAGGAUAAAUAUUAACAUCCUUUUUAAUUACUUUGUCUUCCCUCUUUCCACUGCCAGAUCCAAAAGCUUUUUGAUUCUCAUGUCUCUUUAUCUUUGAAACUCCUCCGAUUCCUGUGGAUUCCGUUCCCCUUUUCUUCUUUUAUUUCUCUUUCCUUUUCAAAAUUUUGGCGCGAAAUCCAUGGUUGAGAACUGCGGGGGAGAUAUGUGUGCCGUGACCGAAGCCCCGCCGUCUCCGACUGUUGGGAACUAUUUUCCAGUUUCGACGGCUUCGGGCACCAGAUAUAACUCCGAAAGGGAAGCGGAUGAGUUGCUGGUUCCGCCCCUGAACUUCGCGAUGGUUGAUAAUGGCGUAUUCAGGUCUGGUUUCCCAGAUUCCGCUAACUCCGGCUUCUUGAAAUCCCUUGGGCUCCGUUCCAUCAUAUGUUUAUGCCCGGAAACUUAUCCGGAGGCGAACAAUGAGUUUUUGAAGGCUAAUGGGAUUAAGCUUUUUCAGUUCGGGAUCGAUAGCUGUAAGGAACCUUUUGUAAACAUUCCUGAGGAAACAGUUCGCGGAGCACUGAAAGUAGUCCUUGAUACGAGGAACCACCCACUUCUAAUUCAUUGCAAACGAGGAAAGCACCGCACGGGUUGUCUGGUUGGAUGCUUAAGGAGAUUGCAAAGAUGGUGCCUUUCUUCUGUGUUCGACGAGUACCAGAGGUUUGCUGCCGCCAAGGCAAGAGUGUCCGACCAGAGGUUUAUAGAAUUGUUUGAUAUUUCAAGCUAGAAGCACAUGCCCAUAUCAUUUUCAUGCUCGAAAAGAUAAGAAAUAUAGCAUAGCAACGGAUAUGGCAUAUUCCUUACCCACAAAAGAAGUAAGCUUGAAGAGUGCCCACUGAUUGAGAUAGCACAAUGCAAAGUUGAAGUAGUGGAUCACAUAAAAUAAUCAAUUUCAUUUUGUUGUUUUUAUCUUAA